AUGCUGCUGCUGCUUCUACCCCUGCUUUGGACAGGUGAGUGGGCCGAGGGGAGGGAGUCAGAAUUAUGGCUGCAAGUGCAGGACACGGUGAAGGUGCAGGAGGGCCUGUGCAUCUCCGUGCCCUGCCGCUUCUCCUACUCCUACUCCCCAUCCUACUGGACCUCGCCUUCCCCUGUUCAUGGCUACUGGUUCCGUGAAGGGCCCAUUGCACACCAAGAUGCUCCAGUGGCCACAAACAACCCAGAUCGUAGGGUGCAGGAGGAGAUCCAGGACCGAUUCCACCUCCUCGGGGAUCCCCAGGCCUACAACUGCUCCCUGGACAUCAGAGAUGCACAGAGAAGGGACUCGGGGACAUACUUCUUCAGAGUGGAGAGAGGGUCUUCUGUGAGCUACAGUUACACACAGAACCAGUUCUCUGUGCAAGUGACAGCUCUGAACCACACACCUGACAUCCUCAUCCUGGGGACCCUGGAGUCUGGACACCCCAGGAACUUGACCUGCUCUGUGCUGUGGGCCUGUGAGAGGAGCACACUGCCCACCUUUUCCUGGACGUCCUCUGCCCUCACCUCCCUGGGCCCCAGAACUCACCUCUCCUCGGUGCUCACCCUCACCCCACAGCCUCAGGACCACGGCACCAGCCUCACUUGUCAAGUGUACCUCGCUGCAGCUGGUGUGAUGGUGGAAAGGACCAUCCAGCUCAAUGUCACCUGUGCCACACAGAACCCAACAACUGGGUCUGCCUGGGACACAGCCCAGGUAGGAAGGAGCCUCCUCCCUGGGUAUAGAGAGUGGGGUUUUUCCAAACCUCAGCACAGAGUCAUGUUCCUGCCACUUUCUGCACUCACGGAGAUGACAGAGAUCCCCUCUGGGUGAAGCCAGUGUUUCCUCUCCCUCCCCAGCCCCCAUGUCCCUGUGAGAGCUGUCCUCAUCAGCUCC